AUGGGUACUUGUUCAGGAAAACGUCCUUAAAAUGAAUCAUCUUUAAAGAACUAAUAGAACCAAUCAAAUACAGACAAUAUUACUCCUUAAAAAUAUCAAUUAAAUGAUGGUAUUAAUGGGAAUAAUUUUAAAUAGUUUAAUCAGAUAUUGGAAAUCUAAUUAUAACAAAUAAGAAAUUGGGAAGAAUAACAAAGGAUUAUACACUCUUAAAUCCUCCAUUAGGAAAUGGUAUAUAUAAAUACUCAUUGUAAUUCAAGGAGCUUAUGGGGAAGUGCGUAAAGCAAUACAUAAAAGCACUAAUUUAAUGAGGGCUGUUAAAAUAAUUCAUAAAUCUUAAACAACCAAAUAAGAACAAGAAAGGUUAAUUAAUGAAGUUGAAAUACUGUAAAAAUUAGUAUCAUAUAAUAAUAUAUAUUAAAGGAUCAUCCAAACAUUAUAUAGAUAUACGAAUUUUAUUAAGAUGAUAGAUUCUUCUAUAUAGUAACAGAAUUAUGUACAGGAGGAGAACUGUUUGAUAAAAUUAGAGCAGAGGGAAGUUUUUCUGAAAAGAAAGCUGCUGAAAUAAUGAAGUAAAUAUUAUCUGCAGUUAAUUAUUGUCAUGAAUAAAAGAUUGUACAUAGGUAUUACAAUAACUAUGUUAAAAAAGAGACUUAAAGCCUGAGAAUUUAUUGUAUGAAUCAGAAGAAGAAAAUUCUUUACUCAAAAUUAUAGAUUUUGAUACUUCAAAAGAGUUUGUUCCCAAUUAAAAAUUGAAUUAAAAAUUAGGAACUCCAUAUUACAUAGCACCUGAAAUCUUAAAGAAAUAAUAUGAUGAAAAAUGUGAUCUCUGGUCUUGUGGUGUAAUUUUAUACAUACUUCUAUGUGGGUAAUAUAUAUAUAUUAUUAAGUUAUCCUCCAUUUGAUGGUAAAAAUGAAGAUAAAAUAAUGGAAAAAAUUUCUUAAGGAGUUUAUUCUUUUGAUUCUUAAGAAUGGGAAGAUGUUUCUAUAGAAGCUAAAAAUUACAUUAGAAAACUGUUAGAAUUGGAUCCAAGUAGUUCAGUGUUAUAGAUUCUUAGGCAAAAGGUUAAAUGCUCAAUAAGCCUUAUCAGAACCUUGGAUUAAGAAGUUUAAUAAUCCUCUUGAAUUUGAUAAACCAUUAAUGACUAAAGUAUUAAAAAAUUUGAAGAAAUUUAUAACUCAAUAAAAAUUGCAAGAAUCAAUUGUUAAAUUUAUUGUGAAUCAAUUAGCUACAAAAUAAGAGAAGACAGAAUUACUAAAAACUUUUUAAUGUCUUGAUACCAAUCAAGAUGGUAAAUUAAGUAAAGAGGAAUUAUUGGCAGGAUACUCUAAGAUUAUGAAACCAGUUGAAGCAGUAGAAGAAGUCAAUCGUAUUUUUUUAUAAGUGGAUAAAAAUAAUUCUGGUUCAAUAGAUUAUACUGGUACUUAUGAUAAUAAUUUAUAUGAGUAGAGUUUGUUAUUGCCACUAUUGAUAGAUAAUAAUUAUUAUCUAAAUAAAGAUUGAAGAUGACAUUUAGAAUGCUUGAUAAAGUAAAAUAUUAUAUAAUAUAGGAUAAAAGUGGUUCGAUUAGUAUAGAUGAAUUGAAAGAAAUAUUUAGUGGUAUCUCAGAAGAUAUCUGGAAAUAAGUGGUACAAGAUUUUGAUUCCAAUUCUGAUGGACAAAUUUCAUUAAAUGAAUUUUUCACAAUGAUGAAAAAGAUAGAAUGA